AUGGACAGAGCAGCGCUCCUGGGCCUGCCCCGCCUGUGCGCACUGUGGGCAGCCCUGCUCGCGCUGUUCCCCUGCGGAGCCCAAGGAAACUGGAUGUGGCUGGGCAUCGCCUCCUUCGGGGUUCCGGAGAAGCUGGGCUGCGCCAACUUGCCGCUGAGCAGCCGCCAGAAGGAGCUGUGCAAGAGGAAGCCGUACCUGUUGCCCAGCAUCCGCGAGGGCGCGCGCCUGGGCGUCCAGGAGUGCAGGAACCAGUUCAGGCACGAGCGAUGGAACUGCAUGGUCGCCGCCGCCUCCGCCCCGUCCGCCGCCAGCUCAGUCUUCGGCUACGAGCUGAGCAGCGGCACCAAGGAAACAGCGUUCAUUCAUGCCGUGAUGGCUGCUGGCCUGGUGCAUUCUGUGACAAGGUCGUGCAGUGCAGGCAACAUGACAGAAUGUUCCUGUGAUACCACCUUGCAGAACGGCGGCUCGGCCAGCGAAGGCUGGCACUGGGGGGGCUGCUCCGAUGAUGUCCAGUAUGGCAUGUGGUUCAGCAGAAGGUUCCUCGAUUCCCCCAUCAGAAACACCACGGAAAAGGAAAGCCAAGCUCUGUUAGCAAUGAACCUGCAUAACAAUGAAGCGGGAAGGCAGGCUGUUGCCAAGUUGAUGUCCGUAGACUGCCGCUGCCACGGGGUUUCAGGCUCCUGCGCUGUGAGGACAUGCUGGAAAACCAUGUCUUCUUUCGAAAAGAUCGGUCAUUUGUUGAAGGACAAAUAUGAAAACAGUAUCCAAAUCUCAGACAAAAUAAAGAAGAAAAUGCGCAGGAGAGAUAAAGACCAGAGAAAAAUACCGAUCCGCAAGGAUGAUCUGGUCUAUGUUAAUAAGUCUCCCAACUACUGUGUAGAGAAUAAGAAACUGGGGAUCCCAGGGACACAAGGCAGAGAAUGCAACCGCACGUCAGAGGGCGCCGAUGGGUGCAACCUCCUGUGCUGUGGCCGAGGCUACAACACUCACGUGGUCCGGCACGUGGAAAGGUGUGAGUGUAAGUUUAUCUGGUGCUGCUAUGUCCGAUGCAGGAGGUGUGAAAGCAUGACUGACGUCCACACCUGCAAGUAACCACACCAUCCAGCCUUGGACAAGACUACCCAGUGACACACAGCUAGAGUGCAACCCACAGGGUAUCCCAACUGUGCAGGGCUGGUGACGUUGACUCCUGUGCCAAGAUCCCCAGAUCCUUGGA